AUGGUGCGGGCGAAUUCCGCAUCCGGGAUGGCUGUGGAUGACGAGUGUAAGCUCAGGUUCCAGAAACGAAACUACCGUUACAUCACCUUCAAGAUCGAAGAUCAGGAGGUGGUGCUGGACAAGCUUGGCGGCCCUGAUGACAUUUAUGACAAGUUCACAUCAUCUCUCCCUGCCAACGAGUGUCGCUACGCUGUCUAUGAUGAGAAAUGCCAGAAGAGCAAGAUCAUCUUCGUUGCGUGGUCACCAGAGACAUCCAAAGUGAGAAAUAAGAUGGUCUAUGCUAGCUCAAAGGACAGGUUUAAGAGGGAAUUGGAUGGAAUCCAAGUUGAGCUGCAAGCGACCGAUGCCAGUGAAAUGAGCCUAGACAUCGUAAAAAUCACGUGCUGCCUGAUUGAUUACAGACAUCAUCUUCUAUUCGGUUGCAGCUCAUCCCCCUAUGGCUUCAUGUUGUCUGGUUGUUUUCUUGUUUCACAGCACAGAUUUGUGCUGUAUUUUGUCUUAGUUAUAGCAAUUCUCUCUUUUUAUGAACUUUCUUGAUAUGCAAUAGUCUUUAUUUGCACUAGAGAAAUUGUUUUCAUUCUCUAAACUACAUAAGCAACUUGAAAAAGCCAGGGGAGACUUCAGAAGACACUUGAUCAUAAUUGAAACAUUCAUUUGGCAUGCCUAUAUCACUAUACGUGUGAACGAAGACGAAAGAAGAAG